UCAAGGCGGAGACUUUGUUCGAUGAAGCAGCACUUCGAAACCGAAGAGGGUAAAAAGCUUUGCAAGAAAGUUAAUCUCGUUUACCAGUUUAAUCUCGCACCCAAGAAAAUUGGGAUCGGUGAGGUCUGUUAUACUAUUGAUUUGAAGAAUGCGAAGGUCUUCAAAGGAACAUUGGAAGGAGAAGAAAAGCUUGAUGCCACAUUUUCCUUCAAGGAAGAUGAUUUUGUCAAAACUGCAUUUGGAAAGAUGAAUCCCCAGAUUUCUUUCAUGAGUUCCAUCUAUAUAUCUUGUCUCAUUGCUCGUUUUGUUUCCUUUUGUGCAGACAUGUCAUCUGAAGAUGUAUUCGAACAUUACAAGGCUGUUGAUGCUUCCUCAUGCUGGAAGAAAGACAGCAAGAAGACUCGAGGGGAGAGUAGUAAAACUGCCUCAAUGAAGGCCUAA